CUUCCUUUAAUAAGUCCUCGGAAGCUAGGGAAGUGGAAGCUAACACGUGGGAAUAACUGUUUAGGGCAGCUUUGUUUAUGCUUUAGUGUUAUUCAGUGCCUUUUUGUGACUUUUCUUACUAAUAUAGCGUUAUAAUUGUUGGCUGAAUUUGUUGUUUAUGUGUCUGCUGUGUUUCUAUGCUGGUCCGCAUAGUUUAUAAUGGCGCACAGUGAAGAUGAUUAUGAGUACAGAAUCAAAGAAGGGGAUCACAUAGUAUUAAAAAGAGGAGACGUCUACAAAGCGGUGCAAAUUCAACGGAAAAAGAAGGUGAUAUUUGAGAAGCAGUGGAUCUUGCUGGAUAACGUUGUGGGACAUUUAUACAGCACCACAUUUGAGAUAUCCUCUGGAGGAACCCUGCAACCAAAGGAAGACGAGGAAACACAAAGCUCCACAGAUGUGAAGGUGACGGGAACAGACAACAGACACAUUGUUGAUGACGGCAAAUCCCAGAAACUGACUCGGGAUGACAUUGAGACGAUGAAAGAGCAAGGCCUAACGGAUAAGGAAAUCAUCAAGCAGCUGAUAGAUAACAGCUCGACGUUUAGCAAUAAGACUGGAUAUGCCCAGGAUAAGUACAUAAAGAAGAAGAAGAAAAAAUAUGAAAAUACAGUAACGGUUCUGAAACCGACCUGUCGCAUCAUAGCCAUGAUGUACCACGGCCGCGAACCAGGGAAGAUCUGCCAUCUACGAUAUGACACUCUGGCGCAGAUGCUGACACUAGCAAACAUCCACGCCGGCAGUAAAGUUCUAGUAUUUGACACCUGUGCUGGGCUUGUACUGGGAGCCAUUAUGGAGAGAAUGGGAGGCUAUGGAUCAGUGAUCCAGAUGUACCCAGGAGGUGGGCCUGUGCGGGCGGGGAUGGAGUGUUUUGGCUUCCCUGCACAUUUUCACGAUAUGCUGCAUGAGUUUCCAAUCUGCCAUGUCAACGCUUUGCUGGCAGGGAAGCUGGACACCAGUGCCAAAGACCCCACUGAAGGGGAAAAGCAGGUGAAAGUGGAUGCAGAGGAGGAGCAGAACCAACCUGAGGCAGAACAACAGGAGGGGAGUCCACAGGAGGAGAAUAUGGAGAUAAACACUGGUGAUGAUGUGGGCCAAGACCCGGAGAAACUGGAGAAGGAGAAACGGCAAGAAGCAAAGGCUCAAGAAAGAAAGGAGAAGUUGGAAGAGAAGAGAAGGAAGUUGGCGGCUGCAGCUGCCCUGCUGGAAGGCAGGAAUGCUGAUGGGUUGGUGAUAGCAAGUCAGUUUCACCCUUCUUCUCUUCUUUUGGGCUUGCUUAAGUUCCUCGCCCCAUCUCGGCCUUUUGUAGUCUAUUCUCAGUACAAAGAGACACUUAUUGAGUGCUACACAAAACUCAAAGAACAAGGUGGGACUGUCAACCUCAUGAUCACAGAUACCUGGCUCAGGCAUUACCAGGUAUUGCCUGAUAGGACACAUCCUCUGCUCCUGAUGAGCGGUGGCGGGGGCUACCUCCUCUCAGGAACAACAGUUGCAUUUGACCACUCCAAACCGGCUGCCUCCCGGCUAGCUGAGGAACCGGCACCAAAGAGACAAAAAGUGAAAGACUCUGAGAAUUAAACACGUGCAGAGAGAUCAGAUCUGUCAGGCACUUCGGCACCACCUGCAGUGGUUCUUCUUUAUACUCUGUUGAACUGAAUAAAGCAGUCCAAGUGUCUGGUUUGGAUCCAUCGGA